CAACACCAACUGACCCACCCUCCAACAAACCAAAAGCCUCGAGCUUUGGUUUCAUCGAACCCCCACACAAAACCACACCUCCCUCGCAUUAAUAUAAAAACCCCUCACAGCAACCCACCCUUCUUUGCUCUCCCAAACACUAUCAGACUUCGAAGAGUUUUGUUUUGGUUUCUGGUGAUCUGUAUCGAAAAUGGCCACUACUGCAGCUCCUGGUUCACACAUGGCAGCAAUUAAGCCUUGCAUAUCUUCUUCCCGAAGAACAUACAUGUCAUGUACUGCCAAUUUUGGUGCUAACAGUGAAGUGGCAGUUUCUAAGGGGCUUAGAAGCUCUUCCCACAUCUCAUCAAGGCAACCAUUCUUCCCGAGCAUCCAAUCAGGCCCUGCGAAGUCUGUAAAGGUUAUCACAAGAGCGAUGUCAGCUGCAGCUGAGAACAGUCCAUUGCCAGGAUUGCCUAUUGAUUUGAGAGGAAAGAGAGCAUUCAUUGCUGGUGUGGCUGAUGAUAAUGGAUAUGGAUGGGCAAUAGCAAAACAACUUGCUGCUGCUGGUGCUGAAAUUCUUCUUGGUACAUGGGUGCCGGCACUUAACAUUUUCGAGUCCAGUUUAAGGCGUGGGAAGUUUGAUGAAUCACGCAUAUUGCCCGACGGUUCUUUGAUGGAAAUUACAAAAGUCUAUCCAUUGGAUGCAGUUUUUGACAAUCCUGAUGAUGUUCCUGAAGAUAUAAAAUCAAACAAACGCUACUUGGGGUCCUCAAAGUGGACGGUUAAGGAGGUUGCUGAAUCUGUUAAAGAGGAUUUUGGCAGCAUUGAUAUCCUAGUCCAUUCCCUGGCUAAUGGACCAGAGGUUGUCAAACCUCUUAUGGAAACGUCAAGAUAUGGAUAUCUUGCAGCUAUCUCUGCAUCAAGCUACUCGUUUAUUUCUUUACUCCAGCAUUUUGCUCCAAUAAUGAACCCAGGUGGUGCGUCAAUCUCUCUGACAUACAUUGCUUCCGAGAGGAUCAUUCCCGGAUAUGGUGGAGGUAUGAGUUCAGCGAAGGCUGCUCUAGAGAGUGACACACGUGUGCUGGCUUUUGAAGCUGGGAGAAAACACAGAAUCAGAGUCAACACAAUAUCUGCAGGCCCAUUAAGAAGUCGUGCUGCAAAAGCUAUUGGUUUUAUCGAUAUGAUGAUUGAUUACUCAUCAGCCAAUGCUCCCUUACCGAAAGAGUUAUCUGCUGAUGAGGUGGGGAACGUUGCUGCCUUCCUUGCAUCACCACUAGCAUCAGCAAUCACCGGCAGUGUUGUAUACGUCGACAAUGGUCUAAAUGCAAUGGGUGUGGGAGUUGACAGCCCAAUUUUUGAAAACCUUGAGCUUCCAAAAGAAGCCUAGUGCUAUGCUCUAUAGACUAUAGAGGUUGAGAUAAUAACAAGGAUUGCAUUAUUGUAGUGCUGUGCUUUCUAUCAAGUAUUGAGGUCAAGUGUAGGUCAAUCUGUACUGUGGAACAAUUUUCUCAUCUUUUUAGUUAGAAUCCAUUUUUGCUCUUCGUAUUUUGUAUCGAGAAUAUCCAGAAUAACAUCAUAAGACAGUUAUCGUUUUUAAUGUAA